AUGAAAAAUAAUAAAGAGGCAGUGGUUUCUGCCCUUCCAAAACUACCGUCGCCCUUUCCUCAAAGAUUGAAGAAGAAAGCUGAUGAUACAAGGUUUAGCAAAUUUAUGGAUAUGCUGAAGCAACUGACGGUGAAUGUGCCUUUAGUGGAGGUCUUUAGAGCAAAAAAAGCGGACCCAGGAGCAUUCACGAUUCCUUAUACUAUCGGGUCUCUUGAUUUUACUAAGGCCUUGUGUGAUCUAGGAACGAGUAUUAAUCUGAUGCCGCUUGCUGUUUAUAAUAAGCUAGGUUUGGGGAAGCCUACACCCACAAAUAUGCAACUAGUGAUGGUGGAUAGGUCGGUAAAACAGGCAGUGGGUAUUUUGUAUAAUAUGCUAGUGAAGGUGGCCAGCUUUAUAUUUCCUAUGGAUUUUGUUAUUCUAGACAGUGAAGUGGACUUUGAGGUGCCCAUAAUCUUAGGUCGACCUUUCCUUGCAACUGGAAGCGUGCUUAUUGACUUACGAGCUAAUGAGCUCUUAUUCAGGCUUAAUGAUGAAGUAUUACGGUUUGAUAUAUGUCAAUCUAUGAAGCAACCCAAGAAAAUGAGUGUGUUCUCUAUUAUGGGUGUCUAUUAUGUGGAUGAGAAAGAAGUGUCGAUAGAGGAGAAUUUGUUGUUGAGCCUUUGGCUGUUGUCUUGA